AUUGACAGUGGGGCCCACAAGUGACCGGAAUAUACUCACCGGCGACCCCUACCAACUUACUCUCCGUCACUUUUCCCGAAAACUAUAUAUACUCCUCAUAAUUUCUCUGUCGCAGCUACCCUUUCCCCUUUCUCUUUCUCUCUCUAAAACCCCCAAUUCAAUCUCGUUUUUUUCUUCCAAAAUGGUCAAAAUUCACUCCUCAAUUUUGACUUUUGCAGAUCAAAACUCACAAUUUCGGUAGUACCAACAAUGAAUUGGAUUUUGCUACAAAAAUAAUGAGAUCGUCAAGCUGCAGUGGUGGUGGUUCAUUUCAUCUGGAGAAAGUCCUUUGUAGAUGACAACUGUACCAUAAACGGUUCAAAACCAGCUUUCUGGAACACGCUAUCUGACGAGGGCUUCUACAGGCAAGCUGGUCAACUGACGAGUCCACAUAACGAAGAAGCAUAUGUUGACCAUGAUACGACCUCUGCGCCAGAGGCUAAGCAACGGAAGUCUGCGAAAGCAGCUAGAAGUAAUGGCAACAGUUCUAGAAGAUCACGAGCAGCACACAUGGAAGCUUCUUUAAAUGUAACAGAAAUAGUCGACGUGAAUAAUCUACCCGAGGAGCUCGGUUCUUGUCCUGAAAAGUACAACAUUGCAGAUAAGACACAUGCCGCUAAGCGGAAGACAUCGGUCUCCGGGAAACGAAGUGAAAAAAGAAAUGGCAAACUUUCUAAGAGCAAAUGCGAUAUUUUUUCGAUAAAAGCUGGUUUGUCAAGCUUUCGUUCAUCUGCUGGUGGAAAUAGCGUUCUCGGAAUAUAUGGUUCGAAACGUGAUAUCUGUGAUUUUGCAAAGCAUGUAGAUGAGGUAUCAUUGAAUGAGCUUCUUGAUGGUAGUUACAAGUGUCCCGACUCCAUCAAAGUCAAAGAACAGUCAACAGAAGGUUUAAACGGAAGUUUUUUGUUAUCGGUUAGAGAAGCUUGCUCGGUUCUUCACCUCCAAAAGCCUGCUCAAACCCCAGCAGACUCAUCUCCUUCUAACAAGUACACAGUGGAGGUAGUUUACCAACAUUUCCUUGGUCACAUGUAUCCGGAGGGCAUUUCAAAGUCAACCCUGAUGCGGUCAAGUCAACACCGAGUAAGAGUACGUGUCAAGGUAGAUGGAUAAAAAUGGGAAAGUUAAUCAUGUCUUUAGGGGACGCUACUACUUAUCUUGCGGAUUUUCAGUCCCUGACGUAUAAUCCGAGCCUCGUUCCGUUAGGAAGCCAACAGCCCAGGCCAACUGAAAACGAUAAAUCUCUUCUGGUAUCGACUUUUGACCGAGGGGUCUUAUCUGCGGUUCAAACACUGUGCGACAUUGCAGCCGUAUUUCGUAAGCAAGGUCAAUACGGGCCUGCCAGCUGGCAAAAGAAAUCUUCCCAGAAACCUAUAAGCGCUAGCAAAUUAACAUCGGAUGAGAAACUUGAAAAGGCAUUAUUCAUCAUCCCAAGUUCACGACCCGUUGGACCCACCAACCUCAUUAACGGUCCAGACAACGCAAAGUCACAUACUCCAAAGAAACUUAAACUAUCGGCCAAUGACCCCAACAAAGGGCGGUACCAUUGGUCACCUGUUACACCUCAGUCAAUCAGAUCUUCAUCGUCUCCAAACAAAUCGUUCAAGAACGCAUCCAUGGAAACAGAAUACCGUGAAAGUAGCAGCAGCCCGUUGAAGAGAUCAAUCACAACCCCACCUGUAAAUUUACCAAAUAAACCUCCAAAACGCAGAAAACUCGUGCCGAUGGAGUGGAAAAGCCGGGGUGACCAAAAGGGUAAUGGAAAGUACUAAAAGCUAUAUUCUUUUUAGGGGCUGUUUGUUUACCUCUUAAUGAGGCUCUUAAUGGUUCAGACCUCUUACUGGUUCAGCAC